AUGCAACACUCGGUGCCCGCACGUCAUCGAUCGUCCUCCACCCCGGACCGGUCCCCGCACUCGCCCAUCUCGCCCAAACACUCGCGUCGCAUCCCGUCACCACCACCCCUGUCGGCAACGUUUCCACGCGGCGCGCGCUCUCCCAUCAUCUCCCCCUCGGCACUCCACAGCACAUCCUCCCUCCGCGACCCUCCCCCUAACGCUACCCCGCCCGGCGGUAGCCGCUCCCCCUCGGCGUCGGGCCCGCGCGACGACGACCGCGACGACCGCAGGAAGGGCAAGGGCCGUGAACGCGAACGCGAUGAACCCAUCGAGGACGACCUGCGCCCAGAAAAGCGAAGCAGGUUAGGCCGCACCGGCGGCGGCCGUCCUGGCAACGACUCGCCGUCCAAGCCUGUUAGCGGCCCGUCGCCGUCGUCCGAGACCGCGCCAUCCAAGAGGGGCCCUCCCCAGCUCCCGCCAAUCAAGCCUAUUGGCUUUGCAGCGUCGCGUGAGGCGCGCCGCGAGGACGGCACGGCCGACCGCGCCAUCCCGUCGCCUGUGGUCAUGGGCUUUGACUUUAAGACCAUUGACGAGGAGCAGCUCAAGACAGUUCGCGACACGAUUAGCAUCAAGGAGCAGCAACAGGCACUCAUUGCCCAGCGACGAAAGGAGAUGGCCGCUAGCCAGCCUACCACGCCGCGCGAGUUGACCUUUAAGGGAUGGACGCCCAAGGACCCCGAGAAGCGCGGUGUCGGGGCGCGUCGCGAGAAGAUCCGCGACAAGGUCGAGCGCAUGAGCAUUGUGACGACGUCAACCGACAAGGACGUUGUCCCCGGGUCCAAGAGCGCGCCGCUCAACCAAGGUCUGGCAUCACAGCAGCAGUCGCCGCGUGAGCCUCCUUCUGGAUCACAGACGGCGAUGCCUCACAACAUUCUUCCUCCGAUGCACUACCCGAGCCACGGCCACGGCGGGCAUGGCGGAGGCCACCACCUGGCCGACCUGCGGACUGCGCCCCUUAGCCACUCCCGGCGCCACCACGAGGAGAGUGCCUUUGCUAGGCAGCAACAGCCCUACUACCAGGCGCAACAGCAGGCGCAGCACCGCUCCGGCGCGUCGGGCUCGGCGUCGAACCAGUCUGCCAGCCGGUCGCAACAGCAGCAGCAGGACCCCCGGGGUGACCCUCGCUACCCUCCCGACCUUGGUCCGCGCUCCGCUCUGCCGCCUACGACUGCCGACCGUCGCAACUUUUCCGUUCCCAGCCUGCAGCAGCAGCACAGCAGCUCGCGGUACCCACUGUCACCGCACGCGCCGCCAGGCCCACCACCGCCUGGCCCGCCUCUGCCCGGUCCUGGUCCCGGUCCAUCGUCUGCGCGCCCGUCCAACGGCGUGAGCGGCCACCGCGCCAACGGCUACUCUGUCAGUCCCUCGCCUCCCAACCAUCUGCGCGAGCAGUUUCUGGCCCCCUUCAGCCAGCUGUACGACAUGCUGUCGUCUGUCGACGGACUGCGGUACCAGCUGCAGGACAUGAUCCACCGGACGGAACAGGCGUACCAGAACCAGAUGCAGGCCAACAACGAGUUCAAGUCGACAGCGGCCCAGGCAAGCUCGCUGCUCGGCACGCUGCAGCAGUCGGCCGACUCGCUCAAGGAAAUGGUCCGGUACGAGGUGGACCGCUCGGCCGGCGCGGACCGCCGCGAGGUGGACGAGCUGCGCGACCGUGUGCGCUCGCUCGAGGACAGGCUCUCCCAGCGUUGA